AUGCGGUUACCAUUUGAUUCUGUAGUGGUUAACUUGUCUGCAGACAUAUGGGUGCUGUUUAGUGCUCCGAUUGCAUGUACUAUAAUAGGUAAUUCUUCACAGCACAUUACGUUACUGGUGCAUCACCCGUGGCUACCAAGGUCGCUGUGCUUCUCGUUUGUGCAUGCCCGGUGCACGAUGGAGGAGCGGCGAAUUUUAUGGCAAGACCUGUUGACUGACAAACCCACAUCACUUCCGUGGUGUGUCUGUGGUGAUUUUAAUGUGAUCAUAGACCCUCACGAGAAGCGAGGGGGGAGACCAUUUGCUAGAGCAGAGGGUAUGGAGCUACUGUCAUUCAUGGAGGAGGCGGAGGUCUUUGACGCGGGAUUCUCUGGAUCCAGCUACACGUGGUGUAAUAAUCGGAGAGGCCGCGAACGAAUUUGGAAGCGUCUAGACAGGCUACUAAUUAAUGGAGCUUUCUCAGAUGCCGUUUCAUCUGUGUCAGUAGCCCAUCUGGCUAGACAUCCGUCAGAUCAUGCCCCGCUGAGGAUUGGUUUGGCAUCACGCAUGGAUAACAAGCCUAGGCCGUUCCGCUUUUUGAAUCUCUGGACAGACAGAAAGGAUCUGCUGGAGGUUAUUCGAAAUGCAUGGCAGUUAGAGUGUACGGGUUCCCCCCUACGGAAGUUAUGUUCCAAAUUAGUAAAGGCCCGACGGGUGAUACAGGAGUGGAAUAAGGAGGCUUUUGGAAAUAUUUUUAUUGCUGUUCAUAGGGCAGAAUCGGACUUGUUAGCAGCGGAAAAUCAAGUGGAGGAGGAUGAAUCGGGGGAUGCUCAAGUUGAGCUGCAAAAGGCUCAAGCAAAAUUGCGGCUGGCGUUGUCCAACGAAGAGCGAUUUUGGAGUCAAAAGGCUCGCGUCAAAUGGCUCCGGCACGGGGAUAGGAACUCUAAGUAUUUUCAUGCUACCGUACAGCAACGAAGGGUGCAAGGGGCGAUUCAUAGGAUGCAGAAUGAGAGUGGAGCAUGGGUUGAGGACGAUGAGGGGAUUGCCUCCAUGGCAGUCCGGUAUUUCUCGGAGCUGUUCUCGGAGCCAGGAGGGGCAUCAGGGGACUUAUUGCACCUGAUUCCGCGUAUUGUCACGGGGGAUGAUAAUGGGGCGGAGCUGCCUAGAUUUAUUACUUCUACAUCUAUUGUUCUAAUCCCGAAGGUAUCAAAUCCUCAGGACUUUUCGAAAUAUCGGCCUAUUAGCCUUUGCAAUUUUAUUAAUAAAGUGUUAUCUAGAAUUUUGGCGGAUAGGCUUGCGGGGAUAUUGCCAAAACUGGUGUCAUCGCAACAGACGGGUUUUGUCAAGGGUAGGAAUAUAACUGAGAACUAUCUACUGGCCCAGGAGUUGAUGUCGGGUUUUAGACACCGGGCUAGAGGGGGAAAUGUAAUUUUCAAGUUAGACAUGGCUAAAGCGUAUGACAGAGUCUCGUGGGGUUUCACUGUCGGUGUCUUGCGCAAAUUUGGGUUUGGGGAACGAUUCAUUGACAUGGUCUGGAGGUUGGUCUCAAACGUGUGGUUUUCAGUGAUUAUUAAUGGGGCAUCACAUGGGUUUUUUAAAUCUAGUAGAGGUAUCCGUCAGGGAGACCCUUUGUCUCCGGCUUUAUUCGUUAUUGGAGCGGAGGUAUUGUCAAGGGGGCUGAACAGUCUCGCAGCUCAAUCUGGCUUUUUGGGUUACACAGUACCCAGGGGAUGUCCCCCUGUGACACACCUGGCGUUUGCCGACGAUGUUCUGGUCUUUGCGAAUGGCUCGGCUACAUCCUUGAAGAAAGUCAUGCAGAUUUUAGAGCAGUACCAGCAAGCUUCUGGCCAGCUGGUGAAUGUCCAGAAGUGUAGUUACUUAGUUCACCCAUCUAUGUCACCAUCGCGCCGGAGGGUAAUAGAGCGGAUAACGGGAUUCUCCCGCCAGCAGUUCCCAGUUCGAUAUCUAGGUUUCCCUCUAUAUCUGGGAAGGUGCAAGUCGGCCUAUUAUGGGGAGAUGUGUCAUAAGAUUGCCGCCCGAAUUAUAUCAUGGAAGUCGAAACUAUUAUCCCCAGGAGGGAGGCUGGUGUUGAUCAAGCACGUCCUAACAUCCAUGCCCAUUCAUCUCUUAUCUGCUGCAGUGGUCCCUGGUGUAGUAUUUAAAAGCAUUGAGAAGCUGUGUUCCAAUUUCUUGUGGGGCUCAUCGCACGAGCAAGUGAAGCACCACUGGAUCCGGUGGUCCAAUCUAUGUUAUCCGGUGGAAGAGGGGGGGUGGGGUUUCGGCAAGUGA